AUGGAGUCAGGAGAAGGAGAUGGUGCUGGUGCUACUGCUGCAGCAACAACAACAGAAGAGAGAGCAAAGAUUCUGAAGAGGAAUUCCGAUGAUAUGAGUUGGGCUUAUGGUCAGCUUGUUGAUCCUAACAAUCUUCAGAGAGUGAAGUGCAAUUUCUGCAGUCAGAUUUUUACGGGAGAUCUAGAUCCACCUAGUCAAUAUGAUCUCCGGGAGACUUUGCUGAAGUCUGAGUAUGCAAGAACCAAGAGUGAACUCAAGGAACGAGAGGUUGAGAAGGGCAAGCAUGGUUGCUCUCUCAUGACUGAUGCUUGGACUGACAUGAAGAGGAGAAGCAUUAUGAAUCUGGUCACACAUUGCUCGGAAAGUGUUAGCUUCAUCAAGUCAAAGGAAACAUCAGACACACCGCAUACAAGUGAGAUGAUCUUCAAUCUAGUUGACAAGACAAUUGAAGAAUUAGGUGCUGAACAUGUGGUGCAGGUUGUGACUGACAAUGCUUCAAACAACAUGGGGGCUAAGGAUCUCUUGAAAGUGAAGAGGUCGAAGAUAUUUUGGAGCACAUGUGCGACUCACACUGUCAAUUUGAUGCUCCAAGGGAUUGGCAACUUAGCUAAGUUCAAGAAGAUAAUUGAUCAAGCCAAGGCUUUCACAAUAUUUGUGUAUGGGCACCAUCGCACCUUAGAGUGCAUGAGAUCCUUCACCAAGAAGAGAGAAAUCAUAAGGCCAGGAGUAACUAGAUUUGCUUCCCAAUUCCUCACUUUGCAAAGCCUUGCAGACAAGGCUGAUUCACUAAGAAAGAUGGUGGUUUCCUCUAAGUGGGAUAAGAUCAAGGAUGUGCACUCAAAGAAAGGAAAGGAUGCUACAGCCAUAAUUCUUAACAAGCCCUUCUGGAAGGGUGUGAAUCUUUGCAUCAAGGUGUUCGAGCCAUUGGUGAAGGUCCUCUGGUUGGUUGAUGGUGAUGCACGACCCUCAAUGGGCUUUCUAUAUGGAGAGAUUGUGAAGGCAAAGAAAGAAAUCAAAGAGGCCUUUGGUAACAUCGAGGCGCGGUACAAAGAUGUGUUAGCUAUAGUUCAAAAGAAGAUGAAAGAUAGGCUUGAUGCCCCACUGCAGUUGACUACAUAUUUGCUGAAUCCACACUAUAGCUAUGCAGAUGACAACAUAUUUGAUUUUGUUGACAUCAAUACAGCCUUCUAUUCUUGUGUGGAGACGUUCUAUCAUGGUGAUGAAAACAUGCAAGACAAAGUUGUGAACUAUGAAAUAGGCAAGUUCCAAAGCAGAGAGGGUUCCUUUGCAAAGAAGCUUGCUAGGACUUGCCAAAACUUUGACUACAAUCCUGUGGCUUGGUGGAGAAUGUAUGGAGGUGAGACACCAGGGCUGAAGGACAUGGCUAUGAAGAUCCUUUCUUUGACCUCAAGUUCUUCCGGCUGUGAGAGAAAUUGGAGUUGUUUUGAGUCGAUACACACCAAGAGGAGAAAUAUACUUACAACAGAUCGCCUCAAUCAGCUUGUGUACAUCCUGUUCAACUCAAGACUGUUAUCCAAGAAGAAAAAGAUCAAGCAGAGGAAGAACAUUGAUGUUCUCCUCAGUACUGAUGCAUCCGAAGCACAAGGAUUCUUGUUUGAGGGAGGAGAUGAUCAUGCUUUCAUGGUGUUUCCAGAUGGAGAUGAGGGAGUAGAUGGCAUACCUUGGAGUGUGGUUGGAGAUGCUAUGGGAACCAGUGAACAACUUGAGCUUCAUCGAAGUGCAAGGGUUAGAGAUCUCCAUGAUGAAGAGUUUGAGUCAGACGAAGAAGAAGUAGAGGAGAUAGAUUCAGAGGAGGAGGACAUAGAGUACGAGGAUGAUGAAGAUGAAGUGGUGACUGGGCGCACUUAUGGGGAUGAGGACUGA